UUUAAUUCUUCAAAAAAAAAAAAAAGAAAAAAAAAAAGAUUAUCUAUCCACUUGUGUGAUAAAGUAGUGAUAGAAACCUUCCCCAACAGGUAGUUCUCAACUAACUAACUUGACUUCUCUUAUUAGAUUAAUUAAAAAUAAAAAAUUGUUACAUACGCAAUAAGCAUAUCCCCAUGGCCAGCUAAUUCAUUACCUUUGCCUUUGGCUUUUAAAGCAUACAAGAAAACAUAUUCCUUUUGAAGCUAAACCCACCUCCGGCCGCCGCCGUCCGCCGUCUUCUGUCCUCUCCCUUCUCCCAACAACCAAUGAACCCUCGAGCUUAUGUGUUAAUCUUCUUCUUCUGGUCUCUCCUCACCAUCCUCACUCCCGCCCUCCUCCUCCUCUCCGACACUUCGAAUCCCUCAUCGGUUCCCGGUCAACUCCCCUUUAAUGACGAAAAUGGAGGGUUUCAAAUGAGUAGAAAAGUUGUGGGGUUGACCAGAAAAUUUCAGAUGUUGAAAGUUUUGGCUGAACAACAGACCACACCGCCGACGAUUCCCACUCCCAUUACAUCCCCGUCGCCUUCGCCGUCUCCGACUACGGCUCCGGGUGCCGCCGUUCCGGUUCGGAGGUUCAUGGCUGGUGCUGGAAAAGUCGUAUUGACAAUGUUGAAGGGAUUGGAAGAAGCACAGUAAUUAAGGCUGGUAGGAUAUAAUUCAGUCUCUGAAUACUUUUAUUUAUUUUAAAAUUAAAAA